AUGAUAGCACACGGAACUCCAAUUGCUGCAGCUACUGCAGUGACUUCCGUGGUAUCUUCUUCAUUACAUCAUCUGAACAUCCCGAUGCCAACAUUUGAUGGAACAUAUGAACAGUGGCCUAAGUUCAAGGCCAUGUUCCUGGAUAUUGUGAAGGAAUCUAGCGCAUCGGAUGCGGUGAAGUUACAUCACCUUAACAAGGCCUUGAUUGGAAAGGCUAGUGGCGUGCUGAAUGCAAGUCUCAUCGCAGACAUCAGUAGCUGGAACAUCCCGGAAGACUACAUCUUAGCUGAUCCCACCUUUAACCAGCCGGGACGUGUUGACAUCAUCCUUGGAGCAGAACUGUUUUACGAAUUCCUGAAGGAGCGCCGCGUGUCAUUUGGUCUGCAUCGUCCAAUAUUGCAAGAAUCCAAAUUUGGUUGGAUAGUCAGUGGCAAUGCACUCAUCGAACCAGCAUCUGAUCCAGUAGUGUGUGCAACAGCUUUAAUCACGGAUAACUUGAGCAUGGUGGCAGCAGAGGACAACGCUGAAAUGUCCUUGUCACAUCAUCCAGUUGUCAGCAACGCAGUCAUCAGACAUCGUAGUGAUCUUCAAAGUGGCCUGCGAAACGGAGUAAUCGAAAUUCAGAAUGACGAGUUAAGGGUCGGACGGGCCAAACGAGAAGGAGCAUCCGUAGCUGACGUCAUCUAUCCUAAAUCAUCAGAGAGAGCAGCUGAGACAUCUACAAGUGAUUCUACCGCAGUCUGUCUUGGUGGCAGUGACUUUGGUGGCAUCAUAUCAGCAACGGGUGAGAAACAGGCGAAGGCACAAUCACUUCAUUUAUGCUACAAUUGCCUUGGUUCCGGACAUUCAUCAUCCAAGUGCGACUCGAAGAAAAAAUGUCGCCACUGCAACAGACGUCAUCACACGCUUCUUCAUAUCGAGCUGAACAACGAUAUGGCAAGGACAGAAAAUGUGCCAUCUGCCUCCACGCAGUCGUCCCAAGCCGUUGCAACUACAUCACAGCCGACCAGAAGCCAGUUUUCACCUCAGGUUGCCUUGACUGUGAAUGGAGAGGCUACCUCCACUGUCCUGUUAUCUACAGUGAUCAUCAACAUCAUGGACGACCAAGGGAUUGAGCAUCAUGCGCGAGCACUACUGGAUAGCGGCUCGCAAUCGAACUUCGUGUCUGGUAGAUUGGCCCAACUACUGCGGUUGCCAAGGAAACUUGUCAACAUUCCUCUAUCGGGCAUUGGUGGCAGCUCAAACAUCAACGUCCAACAUGCUGUAGGAGCCACAAUUCGAUCCCGCUGCUCCGACGAUACGUUUUUCGUCAAUUUACUGGUUUUGCCCAAACCUACGGCAAAUUUACCAACUCGGCCGGUAAACAUCAGCAACUGGAACAUCCCGGCUGAAUACAUUUUGGCAGAUCCGACGUUUAAUCAGCCUGGAAGUGUGGACAUCAUGCUUGGUGCCGAGAUGUUCUACGAGUUGUUGAAGGAGCGUCGUGUAUCAUUUGGUAAGCAUCGUCCGAUACUUCAAGAGUCGAAAUUCGGCUGGAUCGUGAGUGGAACUGCUCUUGUUGAAAUAUCUGUCGAGCCAAUUGUGUGCAUGACAGCAAUCGACGAUCUGAUGAAGAAAUUCUUUGACAUUGAGGAACUGAAUGAUGAGCCUAACUGGAGUUUGGAAGAACGAGCUUGCGAAGAUUUUUAUCGUAAAACAACUACUCGCAACGAAAACGAGAAAUACAUCGUCCGACUACCAAGGAAAUCACAAAUGUCUGGAAAGCUAGGAGACUCCAAAGUGAUUGCUUUGCGGCGGUUUCUGGUUAUUGAACGUCGUCUCCAGAGGAAACCAGAAACUCGAAAGGCAUACAUAGAGUUCAUGGACGAGUAUCAGCGUAUGGGGCAUAUGUGCAAAGUGCCAGCAGAUGAAUCAACUGGUGAAACCUUUUACCUUCCACACCACCGGUUUUAA